CUCCUCCUCCUGCGCGCCCCUCCGCGCGGCCCUCGCGGGGAGUGAGGCUCGGGUGCGCCUGCGGGGCUGCGCGGCGGCUGGCGGGGGCGCGGGGCGGGGGCCGCGCUAGGGGAGGCGCCUGGGCCCGCCCUCCUCCGGGGCGCCGCGGGAGGGGCCCGGGCCGGCGCGGGGCGGGGAGAGCCGCCUGGCUCCUCCUCUCCGCCGCCCUCCCCAAAGUUGCCGUCUCCCCCGGGGCCGGCCGGUCUUAUGAUCCGGCGGAUCCUCCUGGGGAGGCCGGGCCGGGGAGAGGGCGCGGGCGCCGAGUGGCGGGGGCAGCGGGCGGGCGCGGCGACCGGGGCCGGGGCGGGGAUCCGGGCGGCGACCGCGGCGGCGGCGGCAGCGCCCCGGGCCCGCCGCCCCCUCCCCUCCGGCGAGGGGAGCAGCCGCUGCAUGGGGCCGGGGGGACGGCCCUGCGGCGCGGAGCGGCGGCGACGGCGGCGGACCCCCCAGGCGGGCUGGGGCUGAGCCCGGGGCCGGGGCGGGGGCUCCGGGGGGACCAUGCCCGGAGGCCGGCCGGCCGCAGCAUGGCUCACGGGCCCGGCGCGCUGAUGCUCAAGUGCGUGGUGGUCGGCGACGGGGCGGUGGGCAAGACGUGCCUACUCAUGAGCUAUGCCAACGACGCCUUCCCGGAGGAGUACGUACCCACCGUCUUCGACCACUACGCAGUCAGCGUCACCGUGGGGGGCAAGCAGUACCUCCUUGGACUCUACGACACGGCCGGACAGGAAGACUAUGACCGUCUGAGGCCUUUAUCUUACCCAAUGACCGACGUCUUCCUUAUAUGCUUCUCGGUGGUAAAUCCAGCCUCAUUUCAAAAUGUGAAAGAGGAGUGGGUACCGGAACUUAAGGAAUACGCACCAAAUGUACCCUUUUUAUUAAUAGGAACUCAGAUUGAUCUCCGAGAUGACCCCAAAACUUUAGCAAGACUGAAUGAUAUGAAAGAAAAACCUAUAUGUGUGGAACAAGGACAGAAACUAGCAAAAGAGAUAGGAGCAUGCUGCUAUGUGGAAUGUUCAGCUUUAACCCAGAAGGGAUUGAAGACUGUUUUUGAUGAGGCUAUCAUAGCCAUUUUAACUCCAAAGAAACACACUGUAAAAAAAAGAAUAGGAUCAAGAUGUAUAAACUGUUGUUUAAUUACGUGAGAAACAUCUUCAGUGGCCAAGGAAACUAUUUCUCUCAGAAAGCAUAUGAAAUGCUACCCAGACCUUUUAUAGCUAAUGAAGCAGUUCAAAACUUGAAAGAAAACAAAACCUGUCCUUAGAAUUCUAUAAAGUUUAUUAAGAAUGUUCCUUAAAGGUCUAAGAAGCAGUAAACAGCAUCUGAAGCCACAAUCUAUUAUAAAUACUUUAUUUCAACUAGAAGGUACAAUCUCUCAGGGGUUUCAUAGUUUAAAAAGCUACAAUCACAUCAUGUUGUAACUACAUAAAAAACAGUGCUGUAAAUGGAACUGCUUGGCUUUGACCAUACACAUUUCUGCACAGCCCUUACGGAAUCUGCACAAAGAAAUAUCUCCCUUUGCUCCAGUUAAUUGUUCUUGUAUGUAAGUUGCUUUCUAUUCCAGUAUAUCCAGAGUGGUGAAAUAACAAGGCCAGACACGUAGCCAAAGGUCGCUCCAAGCGUACAGGAGAUGGGCCAUACCUGAGGAGAGAAUGUAUGAGAUCAAAAAAGAACAAAUGUUUUAUUAUUACUUGAGCACAAGUGUAACCUAAAUAUUUCUAUAUUAAAGCUUAAUGUGCUUUCUUAAAGAAUGCCAAAAGUGUAAUAAGGUCAUAAUUGCAUUUAUCAUGAACACUAAAAAUGUACACAAUUAGUUAAUGUGCAUUAAACUGUAACAAGGCUUCUGGCAAUUGUAGAUUUAGUUUGAUGCUCCCCCAAAGUGCAUGAGACACAUGCUAAAAUUACAAAUUAAAAUUUUGGGUCAGACUUUGCCAUAAUGCUGGAUUCAAUUUAGCUCUCUGAACUAGUUAGUAAUUUUUUUUUUUAAAUUCCCACAUUGGCUGUGUACAUCAAAUGAAAUGAGAAGUGUGUAUGCUGACCAAACCACAAGGAACUUUAAGUUGCGUUAAGGAGGAAAGACCUAGAAUCCAAGCAUGUUACAUGAAAAUUAUAACAGAGCAGCUGCUUCCACCUUUGAGAUAUAAAUGUUGGAACCACAGCAGAAGUUAUAGAAUGACAACUUACAUACACACCUAGAAUAGUAAGUUAAACACAAUACCAGCUUCCAGAGACCCAUUUUCUCCAGCCUCACUCUGCUUAAGUGAGGUAAUUAAUGUUGAUUUAUUUCAUCUACAAGCAGUGCAUGUGUUAGUCCCUAAGUGAAAAGCUCUGCUUAAAAAAAAAAAGUUGGAGAAAAAUUUCCAUGUUCUUCUGUGAAGCUUAUUUGGUACACUGGAGCCAUUUCUAAUCUUUCUCUGGGGGAACAGGCCAUAGAACUGUGUUAGAGGUGACCCAUCUUAAUUGCUAGUUCUAUUACCUAAUUCAGCUUCCUUGUUUGGUCUGCUGUGGAUCUGCCUUAUUGAAAAUGCCAUGCAUAAGAUAAUGGUGUUAGACAAAGCUUCAUUGUGAACAACCUAGCAGUUUAGAGAAAAUCUCAUCUAUACAUUUUUUUCUAGCCUUUCCUACAUUUAAACUUGCUGUUGCCUAAAUUAUGAUUUUUUUAAAUGUCUUUGGUGGACUUCUGUUCAUUCACAUGACUUGAGCUUACAGCUAUGUCUACCGCACAGAUUGGGUAAUGGAACACUAAACUUUUAUACUUGAAAAUGACAGCCUUAAAUGCUCAUAUCAGUCACAAAUCUAGGAUGUACUGUCUUGUUGUAUGUGAGCUUUGUAGAGAUUUUUAAAAAUAUAAGCAUCACCUUCCCAUUGAAGAGUUGAGAGAGUCUACUGGAUGACUGGUCAGGAACUUUCUCUCAGAAUCGGACAUUUGGAUGUCUUCUUUCUUCCAAGAAAUGGUGGUUCACAUUAAGUAUCAUGGCCUUAUGUAUGCUCAAAUGGAAUCUUAUGUAACUUUCUUAUUUAAUUUUGGUCUGCUAUUUUUAGAUAAAAUUGAAAGGAAUUGUAUAAAUCAAUUAACAUAUUAGCUAAGUUGUCCAACACAUGGUAUAAAGGAGUUACAACAGUAAACUAUUAUACAUUUCCAACUUGCCUUUGGGGAUUUAUGAGGAUUUUUUGGGGGGAGGGGGUCAAAUUCAUCUCUCUGAAACCCUUCACACUUGGUUUACUAGCCAUUCAAAGUUAAAGUCUAGAAUUUGUCCUGCUCUAACAGAAAUGGAUUAGGAAUUUGUCAACACAAACCGAUGUCACCUGUUUCUUGACUGGGCGUUCGUUUCCUCAUUAUAAAUGUGGGAGGUAGAACAGAGAUUCCAACGUCUCUUCCAUUUAUGAAAACUCUUAGGAUUCUCUUCUUUCUUGUUCACAAUAAUCAUUUGUUGGACAUUACCUUUUCAGUUUCAGUCUCAAGAUGGCAAAAAUCAUGUAUUUAGAUUAUCAGAACUCUAAACAAAGAUGACAGUCUCAUCUGAACCUGAGGUGCCUUAAGUACUCUACUGACCUUGAUGGGGUUUGGAGUUCUCCAUUGCUUAUCAAGAGCUUUUUAAUUGCUUUGGUUCUUUAGUAUUUCUUUUUGCAAAAAUCCUUCCUGCCACUUUAACUAAAAACCAAAGAUUUGUUUUCUAUUCAUAAGCAGCCUAUAGAAAAAUUACCUUAUUUUCAGAAGCAUGUCUUCAUUAAAAGCUUGUUUCAAUAGAAAUUCAGACUAAUCACUGAAAUGACUAUUUCAAACUAGUGAAAUAUGUGGGAAAUAAAAUGCUUCAAAAAUACUUUAUUGACAUAAAUUUUGCUAGUGAAUACAAAUACAUUGCCUCAAAUAAGGCCAUGUAUGAAUUAACUUACAAGAAAUUUGUAGUUAAUCACUUUUUGCAUAUAGAAAAUCAGUUCUAAAAUUCUUAAAAAUAAAUUUAGGGGCUACCUGAAAUCUUAUUUCUUUGCUUACACCCUUGUUUUAUCUCCACAGGUACAUUUUAGGUUAGCUCAUGGUGAAUUCUAUUUACGAUAAGUAGAGUUUGGAUUCAUGGGUUUUGUUAUGAAUUAUCUUAGUUACUUUAGACACUGUUUCCAUUUGUUUUUUAACUAUUUAAAAUACCAAAUUAAAUACCAGUUUGUUGGUUGUUGCUUUUAAAUGAUUGUUACUUUAACAGUGUCCCUUCCUAACACAUGGGGUUACAAAUAAAAUAUUAUGCAUAGUUUA